UGCUUCAUUAUAAUCUGAGAAGAAGAGGAGGAAGAGGAGGAGGAAGAAGAAGCUCUUUCACUCAGCUUCCCAGACAAGCCAUGCGCCGUCUCUCACAGCGUGUGUGAGGAGAGAGAGAACAGAGUCGUCGAGGAUCGUCUGAACACAGCUGUGAUGUGCUGUGAUUGAAGGAUCUGCCCUGUUACACACUCACACACUCGUCGUGGGAUCUCACACACACACACAUCUCAGCAUGUUGGCGCUCCUGUUGUGUGCUCUGCUGGCUCUUCACGCUGACGCUCUUGACGUCCGUGUCCCAGAAUCCCCUGCGGUGGCUCUGUUCGGGACGGACGCGGUCCUCAACUGCUCUUUCUCAGGCGUCUCAGAGUUUAAUCUGUCUGACGUGAGUGUGUUCUGGCAGCUCUCGGACACCCAGCGCACCGUUCACAGCUUCUGGCAGAGCCGCGAUCAGCUGAUCGAUCAGGAGGAGCGCUUCUCCAACCGCACAAGCCUGUUCCCAGACCAGCUUCCGGCCGGGAACGCCUCGCUGCUGCUGAGGAGAGUGCGUGUGUCCGAUGAGGGAAGCUACUCGUGUUUCGUCAGGGUUCAGACGUACGGCAGAGGAGCCAUGCUGAUGCAGGUCGCAGCUCCGUUCUCCAAGCCGCUGGUCACCUGGGGCCCAGAGUCGGCCCUGAAGCCCGGUGAUGCGGUGGCCCUCAGCUGCGAGGCGUUCGGAGGUUAUCCUGAAGCACAGGUGCUGUGGCAGGACGGGGCCGGACGCAAUCUGACCGACAACGUUACCAUCUCACAGGUGGCCAACGAGGAUGGUCUGUUCAGUGUGAAGAGCAUCCUGACGGUGAUCCUGGAGCCCAACAGCACUUACAGCUGCAGACUGAUCCACCCGCUGCUGGGAGAAGAAGGACAGGCGUCAGUCACCAUCAGCGCUCAGGGUCUGGUGUUUCCUCCGCUGGCGCUCUGGCUGACCGUGGCUCUGGCUGUAUGUUUGCUGGCUCUGCUGGUCGCUCUGGCCGUCGUCUGCUGCAGGAAGAUCAGAGAGAGCUGUGAGGAGAUGAGAGCUGAGGAAGAAGCCAAAGAACUCGAGGAAGCCAAAGAAUUCGAAGAAGCCAAAUCAGGUCAAGGCUGGACCAUCGGUGAUUGACAUGAGCAGAAACCUUCCGUCUGAUCCUGCAUCAUCUCACAAGGGAUUCACGCUCAAGUGUUUCACGCACAGAUAGUACAACUUUACAUUUUGCCGUUUCACUUCAUUGAUUGGAGCUCCUCUCUCUCAUUCCCCGCUCAUUCCUGAACACCAUCAGGAGCGAUAAACUCAUCCGGUC